AUACUGUAAGUAACUUUCGACUAGAGUUGACCAUUCGUCACAAAAAUUCGCGCCGUAACCUAGAAAAAUUGAGAUCGUUAUUUGCAUAAUAAUAAUAUACUGAGAGCCCAACGGCGAUUUUUAUGUAAUAUGCUGUAAUAAACGUUAUGCAACUCAUUUUGGCCUCAUAUUUUGGCGACUUACGAUAGUCUGCAGUCCGCCAUGGCAGUGCGCGCGCUUUUCGUUUGUCAAUAGUGAUUUUUUUGUGUGUGCCAGUGUAGAGUGACAGGUGCAUUUGUUAAAGGAGGAUUUAUUCAGACAUGACAUCGGAAUAGACAAGCAAUAUGGCGUCGACAAUCCCCGAAGGAAUUGCGCGGGAAAACUUUAGAAAUCAGAAUGGCGUGUGCAAAAAUUCUAAAGAUGUUGAUACAAAUAAAAAAUACUGCAUCGAAUGUUCUAGAGAUAAUGUUGAUCAAAAUAUGAACGAGACACUCCGUAUGUCUGAAAUUCAGAAGUUUUAUGAUGGCAAGAAUGUGCUCAUUACUGGUGCUACAGGUUUUCUCGGAAAAGUUCUGGUGGAAAAGCUGCUUCGAAGUUGUCCGGGGGUUGAAAAUCUCUACCUUUUGGUGCGGCAGAAGAGGGGAAAAGACAUAUAUACAAGAAUUGAAGAAAUUUUCGAUGAUCCGAUGUUCAAACGCCUAAAGGAGGAGGUUCCGAAGUUUAGACAUAAAGUCGUGGUCAUCCCGGCUGACUGCGAAGCACCAGGCUUGGGGUUGAGCAUACAUCAUAGGCAGACUAUAGUUGAAAAGGUUCACGUCAUCUUCCAUUCCGCAGCGACGGUCAAGUUUGAUGAGCAUCUCCGCGCUGCGUUGGUCACAAAUGUGCAGGCGCCGUUGUAUUUACUUCAACUGGCCAGGGAAAUGAAAGACCUGAAGGUCUUCAUGCACAUAUCCACAGCGUAUUCAAACUCUCACCUUUCAAGUAUAGAAGAAAAAUUUUACCCAAUCGAGGCCGACUGCUUACACCUUCAGCAGAUGAUAGACAAGCUGACAGACAACCAAAUCAACGACGCAUUGCCACAAAUCCUCGGAAAAUGGCCGAACACGUACACAUUCACGAAGGCACUCACCGAGAAGGAGCUGCGAAAAUCCUGCGCAGGAGUGCCGCUUGGAAUAUUCAGGCCCGCUAUAGUAACAUCAACAGCGAAGGAACCACUCAAAUGCUGGUUGGACAAUAUGUAUGGGCCGACCGGUGUCGCUGUCGGUAGUGUGACAGGAAUGCUGCGUACGAUGCAAUGCGACAAAGAUGUCACAGCUGACCUGGUUCCUGUGGACUUUGUGGUGAACGGGCUCAUUACUGCUUCAUACCAAGUGAGCUCGGAUUAUCAGAGUCGGUCACCUCCGCCUGAACCCCCGAUAUUCAACUAUGUGAGCUCAGUAGAGAAUAGAAUCACGUGGGGAGACUUCAUGAGACAGAACAUGGCAAGGAUCGACAGACAUCCUCUCUCUAAUGCUGUUUGGUACAUAUCACUAACAUUGAACAAGUCAGCGUGGAUGAACCAAAUAUACAUAUUCUUCUUGCAUCUGGUUCCGGCAGCGUUAGUUGACGGCCUUGCGUCUUGUAUAGGUCGAAAACCACAAAUGCUCAAGGUUUAUAAGAAGAUACACAAAUUCUCUUCAGUUAUUUGCUACUUUUCAACGAAAGAGAUUUCCUUCUGCAAUCGUCGGACCAGGGAACUUUGGGAUCAAACUACUGAUUUAGAUAAACAGAUAUUUCCAUUCAGCAUGAAGCAAGUAGACUGGGAGGAGUACUUCGACGAGUACUUGGCGGGUAUCAGGAGGUACCUCUUCAAAGAGGGCGACGAGACCUUGCCUCAGGCCAGGAUUAAGUGGAAAAGACUAUACUACCUCCAUCAGGUAGUGCGGAUCUGUUUCUACGCCUUCGUGUUCUACUGUCUAUGGACGAUGUUGACGAAAUUAUUUUAAUAAAUGAUCUUCUAUAGUUAGCGUCAAAUGGUUUGUCCUUGUUUUGGUCUGUAAUAAUUACCUAUUGUUCAAGUGAUAGUAUUUUUAUUACAAGUAAAAAUAAUCAUUUGACAUCCCGAAAAUAUACAGAGACAUGCCAAAAAAAUAUAUCAGCAUUUUAACGAUUUUGAUAAAAUCCCUGAUUUUUUUUUCAUUUAACGAAAAUAUUUAUAAACUUUUAUUAUUAACAGACUUCUUAAAUGACUAGGUCCUGCAAUGAGUAGAUUUUUUUUUAUAAUUUAAAGGUUCUUAAUGUUUUCUACGUUUUUUAGAUGUUUAAACUGUUUACAGUAGUUUUGACAGAUUAAAAUGGACAUUAAAUUUGAUGUUAGUCUAUAUUGGUGAUAUAAUAUAUUAUCUGUGGGAGACACAAAUAUCCAAAGGAUAAGUAGGAAUUAAUAUAUAGGAUUUUAUUUGUAGAUAUUAAAUUGUGUAUGGUAAUUUUUUAAACUAAGAAUAAGUACAUUUAAUGAUACGGUGAAAAGUUAUUCCACAACAUGGGAAAUGGAAGAUCCUGCAUGUAGCAGAAUAAAAUAGCGAUCCUAUAAUAAAAUAUAUUUUGUAAAUAACGCCAUCUAGGUGUCACCUAUACCUUUCCCACCACUUCCAUAUUUUAACACUGGCAACGUUGUUUAAAACAUUCCUUUAAAUUGAGUAUAUAAUGUAUGAGUUUUAUUUGUAUAAUUUGUACAUAGCUAGUCAUAAAAAUCAUGACAAGAUUUAUUAAAGAAAUUACUUCCACUGAAUUAUAUCAAAUGUUACCACUUAAAAUUAUUUUAUUAUUCGCUAGCUGCUAAAAUAUUGUUUAUAACGAAUUAUUGUGGUGCUAAUAAACAUUGUAAAUGAUG